UAAAUAACUUGCUGGGAAAUCCUUCAAAUUGUUGAUACAAUCGUGAAAUGUUUGAAAGCUAACUUUUAUCUGUUUUUUUCAUAAAUCCUUUUUGUUAAUUUAAUUUCUUUUAUUUAUGCCUAUUUAGGAGAUCCUCCAAAUUACGCGAAAUGUGUUCUACAUCACAGGAACAUUCUCUUCGUUGCUAUAAUGCUGCCUGCGGUAAAACUUACAGUGAACUAGAAAAUUCAGAUGACGCUUGUACCUAUCAUUCAGGAGUUCCUAUUUUUCACGACGCCCUCAAGAGCUGGUCGUGUUGCUCGAAAAAGUCUACCGAUUUUACAGAAUUUCUAAAUUUUCCCGGUUGCACCCGUGGUAGACACAGUAAUGUGAAACCACAACAAGCAGUUAAAUCGUCAUCUUCAACAGACGAGUCUGUGGAAAAUUUAUCAUCUUGCAUGGAACAGAUCCUUAACAAGCCGAUAAAUCUCAAUGAUAUUGGUGAACGACCAUCUGCAGACGACCCUUUGAUUAUCUUGAAAACUGUAAUCUCACCAACCUUGACGAAACAACUCGAUAAAAUGAAAAGUGAAAAUCCUACCCAGAAAGGUUUGACAGAUUCAAGUGAUGUUGCUAAAGUUGAAAUAGGGACUAGUUGUAAGAAUAAUGGAUGCAAAAAGAGUUAUGAAGGACCUCAUUCAAACCAAGAGGAAUGUUUAUUUCACCCUGGUACUCCUAUUUUUCAUGAGGGUAUGAAGUACUGGAGCUGCUGUCGAAAGAAAACUAGUGAUUUCGAGACGUUUUUAUCUCAAGAAGGAUGUGAAUCAAGCAGUCAUUUGUGGUUUAAACUAAAAACCAAUGAAAAUUCUGAUAGUUUGAAAACAUCAUGUCGAUAUGAUUGGCAUCAAACUGGUAAUAAUGUUGUCUUAACGAUUUACUCGAAAUUUCCAUUACCAGAUAAAUCCUUAAUCAAAGCUAACCGAGUCAAAAUAAGUGUUGCUAUAACAUUUGGUGAUAAGGAUGAGAAAAUUUUCAGCCAUGAUUUCAUCUUGUUUGGUAUUAUUGAUACAGAGAACAGUUCUGUUGAGUUUACACCCUCUAAAGUUGAAAUUUGUAUGAAAAAGUCAGACAAAAGCUAUUGGAGUAGGUUAGAGCUUUAAUUAACCUAAAAAUACUGCAUCGGAUAGCAACUUUUAUAAUUAACUUUUAUUUUAAUAAUUACGAUUUUUGAAAUACAAAUACAAGAUACA